UCCGGGCCACUCAGGGUUUGAAACGAGGCUCACUUGCAUGAGUAUCACCUGACCCUCAACAACUUUAUUUUCAAAAAUGUUGGUGGGUGAUUAAGCUCUGAUCAAAGUCCUGGAGGAGAAGUUGAUUUAGAGGAAAGCAACUGUGUCGAGUUUCGUGGAAGUAACAAACGAGAUGGAACGUUUGAUGUUUAAAGACGCUUUCUGGGGGUCUGAUUUGACUUGUCAUGCUGGGUACGACGCUGUGAUACAAAGGUUACGAGAUGGAAGGCACAUGUGCAAAGAUGUGGAGGAGCUUUUGAAGAUGAGGGCACUAGCAGAGGAGAGGUACGGGAAGGAGCUGGUGACUAUCGCUCGCAAAGCCGGAGGACACACAGAGAUCAGCACCUUGAGAGCAUCCUUUGGCCAAUUAAAAACACAAAUGGAGACCAUUGGGAACUUUCACAUCCAACUUUCUGAUAUAUUGAAAGAGGAGGUGAAAAAGAUUGAGACAUUCAGAGAACGUCAGAAAGAGCAGAGGAAGAAGUUUGAAAGCAUCAUGGAGAAGGUUCAUAAGAAAAAAGUUUUUUUGUUCAAGAAGACCUUGGAGUCGAAGAGGAACUAUGAACUGAGAUGCAAGGAGGCUGAUGAGGCCGAACAGGGAGCUGAAAAGACCCCCGGAACAUCCAAGAACUCAGAAAAGGUACGUCACAGGGCCAAGCAUUGCAGACAGUCGGCCAAUGAAGCAGAGAAGCUGUACUCCACCAACAUCACUCAGCUGGAGGGUGAUCGACAGGAUUGGGAAGAAACACACAAAAGCACGUGUGAGGUGUUCCAGCAAAUGGAGGGAAAUCGUAUCAGCAUGCUCAGGUGUGCUCUCUGGGACCACUGCAAUCUUUUCUCCAUGCAGUGUGUCAAAGAUGAUGAGUUUUACGAGGAAGUGAGGAAGCUUCUGGAGCAGUGUGACAUCACGACAGACAACAACCAUUUCAUACAGACCAAAGGCACGGGAUCGAGGCCUCCAGAGCCCAUCGUGUUUGAGAGCUACUACCAGGCGGAGAUGUCGGGACACAGCAAUGGCCAAGCUCUUAUCGCAAGAGGAGGAGAAGACAUGAUGAGGAGGCGCCCGGAAUCAAUUCUUGGAGGCUCUGUGAACAUCAGUGUGGACAGUCCUCAGAACUCACGAUCAUCAUCUGUUGGUGAAUUUGAGCUUUUAGGUGGAGGAUAUGCACCAAUCACAGGCUUCGAGCAGGAAAUGUCACUGGCCACAUACACGGCUGAUGAAGAGAGCUACUGUGUGCUUUUCGCAUACACUGCUCAGGAAGAGGAUGAACUGUCUGUGGGCAGAGGCGACGUGGUCAAAGUGUUGGAACGAGGAGGAGACGGUUGGUGGAUAGUGGAGAGGGACGGGCUGACUGGACUGGUGCCAGGAAACUAUCUGGGCAAAAUCUGAGCGCACGCACACGCACACAGAAUGGCAAAACACACAUUGCCACACACCAAAACAAAUGCAUUUGCUUUCAAAAAGUCAAGUAUGCCUCAUGUGUCACAUUUGCAAAACUACUUACAUGACACAUAAUGAUGAUGAUUCAUUCAUCAGCACUCAAAUGUCCUCGAUAUGCGCUCUUCUCAAACUGAUCUCCUGGUUUUCUGAACCUGUACUGAAAAUCUAUCAUCAUUUAGCACAGUAGAUAGUCCUGGUCGCUGAAACAUGCAUUGGGAAUAUUCAUAGCCAUUUGCUUAUGGCUGUAGUUAAGUUAGAACCCUGCUACCUCAUGCGUUGUAGAGGCUGGGAUUGUUAUCGUCUUCACUCCCUGUAGCUACAACUCUGCACAUACAUUGUCACAGGACUGAGGAAUCGUAAAUGAUCUGGUAGUGUUAAUUUUUGAAAACACAAAAUGACUUCCACUACCACUCUUGUCAGUCUGCCAAACAGAAUAUUCUUUUUUAAGAAUAUUUUUGUCUUUGACAGUCAGAGAAGGUUAACUUGCUGUUAGUAGAACAAAUGUAUUGUACCUAUGACAGCUAGGGUUUAAAUAAUAAUGAAAUAAUUUCACAAAUAAUCUGAACUCUGAUCAUGGAUCAUCGCACCACCGUCAAGGUCGCUGUAUUUAGCAAUGAAAAAAUAACAAAUUCUCUCCAACUGGGAAGAAAAUCAAGUGGUGGUACGUCAAGACUAUUCGGUUUGGUUUGUUUUUUUUACAAAUGAAUAAUGCAGCAUGUCUGAUGAUGAUCCAGCAGUGGGCAGUGCUGGUUUGGUUUUGUCUCUCAGGUUUUAUGUCUCCAUUUUCUUGUUCUUUUUUUGCAUGUUUGUGAGCUGGGGAAGAUAUUGUCAUGUUUGUGUAAUGUCUGCCGAUGAUAAGGUUUUUCCGGAACUGCUGGGAGGAUCAUCAGUUACUGCGUAGAUCAACAUACAAUAAAGUAAUUUACAUAGUCUAUACAAGUUUAUAACAUUGAAGAAACAUAUUUACCAAUUGAUGGCACAGAUACUUGUUGUGACAGAUAAAAUAUCUAAUUAUAACCUCUGAAUGUGGUUCAACUGCAAAUAUAACCAUGUGGAUAAAAUGGCAAUGAAACAGU